AUGGCGAGAACCCCCACCCAGGACAGCUUGUGCAAGGCCCGGAGGUACCAGAGUCCUGGGUCAGCUGGAAGAAGUGCGGAGGGGAACCGGGAGAGAUGGCAGAAGAAAGAAGAGAUCACUGAACCCAGAACUGAGAUGGAGCCCACGGGUCUCCUGGACACUGAGUGGUUCCAAGAAAACCAGGAGCUCUCUGAAAAGACCCCAGCUGUAAAGAUCCAAGCCUGGUGGCGUGGCACACUGGUACGUCGGGCGCUGCUGCACGCGGCCCUCAGGGCCUGGAUCAUCCAGUGCUGGUGGCGGAUGGCACUGCCAAAGAUUAUGGAGAAGAGGCGCCAGGCGCUACUGGAUACCUUCCAACAGGAGCAGUGGGCGGUGGUCAGGUUGCAGUCCUGGGUCCGAAUGUGGCGUAUCCACAGGCGUUACCACCAGGUGCUUAAGGCUGCCCGAGUCAUCCAGUCUUACUGGAGGUGCCAUGCCUGCACUUCACGGGGUGUCAUCAAAGGCCACUACCGAGUUACAGCCAGCCAGAUGCAUCUCGAGCUGGAGAUCUUGCUGGGCUCACAGCCAUGUAUCGUGUCCGAGAGUAUUCCCCUCCCAGUAAAGGAGUGA